UCAAAGGAUAAAUCCUUACUACAUAAUGAUUAGGACUCACAAGCCCUUCCUGUGACAUGGAGUGUAGAAGCCAGGAUUACAACGGGACAGAGUAAAGAGGCUGCAGGCAACACAGGGGGAAGGAGGGACACAGGUGCAAGAAGAGGAAGGGGCACACGGGAACAACAAGUGCAUUGAGCACGGCCACUAAAGGUUUCAGGGAUCCAUGCAACAACCUGCAUCAAGAGCGAUUUGGAAGCUCACCGGCUGACCUGCUGCUGCUGUCCUCUGUCUGGGCCAUCUGUCUGUGGGCKUUGGAGCUAGCAGACCCAAGCCCAGCAUCUGGACAGCACUGUGUCYUACUUAAUGGAGGGGCMAGCGUGCUGCUGGAGAGCAGGGGGAGCAACCGGAGGCUCAGGUWAUCCUGCARAYGUGAAUUCGAUGAGAAAUUGACAUAUAGUCGAYGAGUGUGUCAUCAAAAAGAUGGAGUACAUCUGUUUCUUUCACCUGGGCGAGACAGCAGUGGGCAGUGAGAGAAGGAAGAGRGCGUCGGGCGCAGAGUCUUGACUGUCGGAAGACGUGAAGAAUUUCACUGAAUCGACCACUUGUUUUCGGUUGUUUUUUUGGGGCUCUAACUGCGUUAUUGUGCCACUUCUGAGCUAUUUUCUCUUGGCCAGGAAGUGGAUACAGAUUAGAUGUGUUAUCAGAGGUGAGAGGCUGCUGAAGACCAGCCAAGACACAUAAAUUGUACACACACACACACACACCUAUUCGGUAUGCUUCAUAACAAUGAGUACAUAUAUACACUCUCUGCCCUACUGAGCACACACAUACUCACAUGCACACAUAGAGACACAGCCCAUCUCGCACAACGCUCGGGGACUUGUUACCAUAACAAACCUCUCUGGGGUUAGCUGUUCCAACUUCUAUCCUCACGCCUUACACUGGAAAUUAGCCUGUCACUACGGCCGUGGACUGCUUCAUUCUGUUUAUUAGUUGUUCCUUCUUUCCUCUGGCACCUGCUUUCUUCAAUCACCCUCUAUCACUAUAUCCAUACUUCCACCCCCCCUCCCGUACCAGCAAGAGAUAAUGUGACCUUCUGCCAAAGUGCUGGUAACCAUGCCACGGUCGCAGCGGGCUCCUCUGUUGCUACUGAAAUAGACUCAAACAAGUGCCGAAAGGAAGGGAGCGGGGGAGUGAGGGAAGGGAGAAAAGGGAAAAAAGAGAAGCAGGACAGCUGAAGCCACGGACACGGAAUGAGCCGGUGGGAGCCAGGGCUGGAUGCGGAUUGCCAACGCAGGCAGUAGGUGACUGAGAUGGGCGUUCGUCUAGGCCGCUUGAGCGACUCCCCGUGGUGGUGGCCGCUGCUGCUGCUGUUGCUGCUCUGCACUGCCCCCUGGUGCCAAGGUCGGCCUUUCGCAACGCCCUUGCCAGCAGUCAACGUGGCGGUGGUGUUCAGUGGCUCGGCCUACCAGCAGGAGAUCAAGGGGCGUCUCAGCAGGGAGAACUUCAUGGACCUGCCCUUGGAGGUGAAUCCCAUCACAGUGCUGGUAAACAACACCAACCCUCGGGCCCUGCUCACACGCAUCUGUGACACACUGGCGGCCAACCGCGUACAUGGUGUGGUGUUUGAGGACAACAUCGGCUCGGAAGCCGUGGCACAGAUCCUGGACUUCAUUGCCCUGCAGACGGCCGUGCCCAUCGUGGGCAUCAGCGGGGGCUCCGCCAUGGUCCUGCCACACAAGGGUGACGGCUCCACGUUCCUCCAGCUGGGCUCCUCCAUCGAGCAGCAGAUAAACGGCAUGUUCAAGGUGAUGGAGGAGUACAACUGGGACAGCUUCGUGGUCAUCACCAGCCUGUACCCGGGCUACGAGGUCUACGUGGACUAUGUCAAGACCUUCACUGACACCAGCUACUUCAUGUGGGAACUGCAGGACGUGCUGACCUUUGAUAUGUCUGCCGACGGCAUGAACGACAUCCGGGCACGGCGCCUGCUGCAGCAGAUUGACGCCCAGGUACUGCUGGUAUACUGCUCCCACGAGGAGGCCCAGUACCUGUUCAGUAUGGCCGGAGAUGCCGGCCUGCUGGGGCCUGGCUACAUCUGGAUCCUCCCCAGCCUUGCCGUGGGGAACCCAGACAUGCCCCCACCAAAAAGCUUCCCUGUGGGCCUCAUCAGCAUCAUCACCGACCGGCGAAUGAGCCUGAGGAAGAGGGUGCGGGAUGGGGUGGCCAUCGUGGUCAAAGGGGUGCAGAGCUUCCGCAAACAGAGGGGCUUCAUCCCCGAGGGCCACAACGACUGCCACAGCCCUGUUAAGGAAUCUUCUAAUGAUACACUUUUCAGGCACAUGUUAAACGUAACAUGGGAGCACAACGACUUCUCGUUCAACCCUGAAGGGUACCUGAUCAACCCAGCUAUGGUCAUCAUCACCUUAGAUCGAGAGAGACAGUGGGAUAAGGUGGGGAACUAUGAGAUGGGGAUCCUGCAGAUGAGAUACCCGGUGUGGCCUCGCUACGGCACCUAUCUGGAGCCCGUAUCAGAUAACAGACACUUGACUGUGGCCACACUGGAGGAACGUCCCUUUGUCAUAGUGGAGGCUGUCGACCCCAUGACUGGGACCUGUGUCAGCAACACUGUGCCCUGCCGCCGCCAGUCCAACAAGACAGAGACUAUUGUAGGUCAUACUGAGCCCUACACCAAACUGUGCUGUAAGGGUUUCUGCAUAGACAUCCUGAAGAAGCUGUCYCGCACCACCAAAUUCUCAUACGACCUCUACCUGGUCACCAACGGGAAGCACGGCAAGCUGGUCAGAGGCAGUUGGAACGGCAUGAUCGGAGAGGUGGUAUACAAGCGGGCGGACAUGGCCAUUGGCUCGCUGACCAUAAACGAAGAGCGCUCAGAAAUUAUCGACUUCUCCGUGCCGUUUGUGGAGACGGGGAUCAGUGUGAUGGUCGCCAGGAGCAACGGGACCGUCUCACCCUCUGCCUUUCUUGAGCCCUACAGUCCGGCGGUGUGGGUGAUGAUGUUUGUGAUGUGCUUAACGGUGGUAGCUGUCACAGUGUUUAUCUUUGAGUACUGCAGCCCUGUGGGGUACAACCGGAGUCUGGUGAGCGCCAAGGAUCCCGGAGGCCCCACCUUCACUAUUGGGAAGUCUGUGUGGCUGCUGUGGGGCAUCGUCUUCAACAACUCUGUUCCAAUUGAGAACCCCAAGGGCACCACCAGCAAGGUCAUGGUUCUGGUAUGGGCCUUCUUCGCUGUCAUCUUCCUGGCCUCCUACACUGCCAACCUGGCAGCCUUCAUGAUCCAGGAGCAAUACACUGACACAGUCUCUGGACUGAGUGACAAAAAGUUCCAGAAGCCACASGAGCAGUAUCCACCGUUUCGUUUUGGUACGGUCCCAAAUGGAAGCACAGAGAGGAACAUCCGGAGCAACUACCCUGAGAUGCAUGCCCACAUGGUCAAAUACAACCAGAAGGGUGUGGAGGACGCCCUCAACAGCCUCAAAUCAGGGAAACUGGAUGCCUUCAUCUAUGACGCUGCUGUGCUGAACUACAUGGCAGGUAAAGACGAGGGCUGUAAGCUGGUGACCAUCGGCAGUGGGAAGGUCUUUGCCACCACUGGCUACGGCAUCGCCUUGCAGAAGGAGUCCCGAUGGAAACGUCCUAUAGACCUGGCCCUGCUCCAGUUCCUAGCUGAUGGUGACACACAGAAGCUGCAGACGGUGUGGCUCACAGGGAUCUGUCGUAACGAGAAGAAGGAGGUGAUGAGCAGUAAGCUGGACAUAGAUAACAUGGCGGGCGUCUUCUACAUGCUACUGGUGGCCAUGGGGCUCAGUCUCCUGGUGUUCAGCUGGGAACAUCUGCUCUACUGGAAGCUGAGACACUCAGUACGCAAGUCUGAACGCCUCGACUUCCUGCUCGCCAUCAGCAGGGGAAUCUACAGCUGCUUCAAUGGCGUGGAGGACUCUGACCGCAACGGAAACCUCCAGAAUCCUGACGUCACCACCAACUACACCCAGGCCAACAUGCUGAAGAUGCUGCAGACAGCCAAGGACAUCGUGACCUCGACCAGAGUGGAGAACUCCCUGGACAAUGCCACCAAGACCAUAGAGAACUGGAGCCGGCGAGGAGCCGACAAUGUGCGGGUUGGCCUGCCGCCUCGGGUGGCAACCACUAUAGACAUGGGCCACAGCCGCCUGCCAUACAUCUCCAGCAUCACGGACAACCACUUGCCCUACCCCCAGAGGGCGCUCGCUUCCACCUUCCCCAUCCACUACUCGGACAGCGCCACCCAGCCCCUGCUGGACAAAUCUAGGGUGGUGACGCGGCCUACCCCGCUCCGCUACACCCUUCCGGCCCGUGGCAGCCACCACUUCUACGAGAGGACCCUACCCAUCUCCAGCCUCAGCAGCCCCCACAUAGCCAUGAGGGACCCUGCUCCCCCCAGCACCUCCAGUCACAACCCACACCCCMACCACAGCAGCAGGCUGUAUGUUGAGAGCCAGCCCCGGCACCCCACCUCCCCGUUUGUCCCCUACAGAGAGUUCCAGGUACCUGAUAUCUAUGUGGAACACCACAAGGGUCCCCUGGGACGGAAGUUCAGCUACCCCCCUGACCACAUGGGCAGGAAGAAGCGGUCCCACAGCUACGUGUUUUCCGAGGCCCAAGACACCAGGGRGAGGAACGACUAUGAUGAGCCAACUUCCUGUCUGGCUGAGCUGAGGGCCAACCACCUCCUGAACAACCAGGCCCCUUCUGCAUCAACCAUAGCCUGCAUGGGGGGCCACUACCCCAGCGGCAGCGCCAGCUGCAACUCCUGCAUGAAGCCCUACCUGGAGCCUGGAAUGGAGGAUGUGCCCUUGCUGGGGAAGGACAAGGUCAACCGCCGGGCCUCUUUUCUCAAGGCCACCUGGAGCAGUGACAGGAUCCGCCAGCUGGGCGAGAAGCCCUCCACCUCCACUAUGCCUGACCUGUUCCCCCGCGUAGUGGUAGCCAACCCCAAGCCCCACAAGCUGUACGGCAGCCAGGGGAACAACCUGUGCUACCCCCUGGCCGCUGAGCCUGCCUACCUAGACCCGGCUCAUAUGCGUUCCUACCCCUACAAGCAGCAGAAGCUCAAGUGCUCCCAGUCCACCCGGCUACCAUCCUACAGGGAGGCUAUCCUGCAGAACGCAGCCGCUUUGCGGCGCUCCUCCUCCACCGUGGUGCACAGACACUACUCCACCUACCUGAACUCCUACACAGACCUGCCUGUAUACGUGGGGCCGCUGCCCCAGGGGCCCGGGCAGUUCUACGACAAGGACAUGUGCCACUUGUUCCCCUGUGCAAGCCACUGCCCUAACAACAAUGCCCUKSUGCCCCGUAUGGGGGACCGGCAGGURGUGUACCAGAACAAUAUGUUUGGGGGCUACGAGGGMGCGGUGGGKCGGUCGCGGGAGGAGCCCCCCCUGCCCGGGUCUGGGAGCAGGGAUCGGAGGGAGGUCCUGGUGGCCAGAAGAGUCAACAGUCCCUAUGUGCCAAAGACCUGGGGCAGGGUAUCCAGUCUGGAGUCUGAGGUCUGAGCCCCAA